GCCCUAACCUAGACGCAAUAUUUCCUGCGUAAGCCUAUCAAAGAAAUACGAUAUACGAAUGCUAUACAGAACUAAGAUAUAGAAUAUUAAACUAUUGGUUUUUGACUUUAGAAAUGCAAACAAAAUCGUAGCUAGAUAAAUCAUGUCACAGGAACUGCUUUCAGACAUAGAUCUAGAGAUCCCAUACUAUGAAACACCUCCUUCAUACAAAGAGUUCUUGUCAAACCACUUGAUGCUAAACAAGCCGGCCAUCAUUGGAUCUGCUUUGACGCAAGAUUGGAAAGCAAGAAAAGAAUGGAUCAUACCAAUAACAGAGCCAGUAACUAGCAAUACUACACCUCAACCAAAAUAUAAACCAAAUUACCAAUACCUAAAACAACGCUUUGGGGCAGCAAAAGGACAAGUUGCUCGAUGUGAUAGACGUCAUUUCACAGAUCAAGAAAGAAUGAUCAUGUCUUUUGCAGAAUUUGCAGAUCUUUGGGAAGCGGCUGAUGGAAAACCAUCCGUGUACUAUCUAAAAGAUCUUCAUCUCGUGAAACUAUUUCCUAAAGAUAUUGCAUAUCAAGUUCCUGAAAUUUUUGAAGAUGACUGGUUGAAUGAGUAUUGGCUAAAACAAGGCGAGGAUGAUUAUAGAUUUACUUACCUAGGUGGUGAUUCGACUUUUACACCAUUUCAUGCAGAUGUAUAUCGAUCUUAUUCAUGGUCAAGUAACAUAUGCGGGAUCAAGAAAUGGACUUUGUUUCCACCUGGCCAAGAAGACCUAUUUAAAGAUAGAUUUGGCAAUAUGAUAUACGAUAUUCGAAAUGUAGAUACAGAGGAAUUUCCCAAGUUUAAGCAAGCGCGAUGCAUAGAAAUAUAUCAAAGAGAUGGCGAAACUAUCUUUGUACCCUCUGGUUGGUUUCAUCAAGUAGAGAACAUCGGUGCAGCUAUUUCUAUCAACCACAAUUGGAGCAAUGCAUGUAACCUAAUGAUGACAUAUCAAUCAAUCAAAAACGAUUUAGACGAUGUAAAAGCAGCUAUUCAAGACAUAAAGGAAAGUGUGAGCGAAAUGGAUUUUAUUGUUCAAUGCCAGCAUUUGUUGCUUGCACACAGUGGAUGGAAUUGGCAUACUUUUUUAAGCAUUCUUUGUUCUAUAGUAGACCAUAGAAGUGAUGGUGCACUUAAAGCCAGUCAGCCUGAUUUAAUAUGGCAGCUGGAUCAAAUAGAGAGGGUUCUAGAGCAAUGGGAGAAAGACGAAGAAGAAGAUUUGAUAAACUAUUUACGACAUCAAGAUGAUUUACAUAAGAAGUAUACAGUACUAAAAUCGAGUAUUGCAAGCAUUCGUUCUACUCAUAAAUUAUCCAUUCAACAGUAAAAAGCAGAAUAGUAGCAUGAAAAAAGUUUUUUUUUUCUUCUGACUUUCAUAUAAAAUGACACUAAUUUUAAAUGACAGAAAUUAUAACCAAAAUUGUAAUUGCCUUUGUAUUUUCUUAAUACCAUGUAGCUACAGUAGAAGUAUUGUAUAAAUUUGUCUAUAGAGUCGUUCUAAGAUUCUUUUAUUAUUUUUUUGCCACCUGUAUACAAGGCAAAGGAAAUGUGUACCUG